AUGUCCGUUUACACUGUUCUUAAUUUUGUUGCCGUCCUUUUAUUGCGAGCUCAAAGGGGAUCGAAGAUUUUUGUGGCCUUUGUGAAAUUCUUAACGAGCAAGGAUCCUGAUCAUGACGGAUCAGAACAGGCUUUGCUUAAUGAAUUGAAAGCAUUGGAUGAACACCUCAAGGCACACGGGCCAUAUGUUGCGGGUGAGAAGAUGACUGCUGUUGAUUUGAGUUUGGCACCGAAGCUGUACCAUCUCGAGGUGGCUCUCGGUCAUUUCAAGAACUGGACUGUCCCUGAAAGCUUAACUCAUUUCCAUAUCUACAAGAAGUUGCUUUUCUCUCGGGACUCUUUUCAGAAAACCAAUCCUGCAAUAGAAUCUAUAAUUGCUGGAUGGAAGCCGAAGGUAAUUAAUGCAUAAAAGGGUUGUAAAUAAUAAAGGGCUUUUGAGCUUCAGAUAUGAACAGUGGUUGAGACUUGUGAACCAGCUUAGACCAAAAAAGACACAUAUGGUUUGUUCCCAUGACAUCCAAUAAAUGCAUUCUUGCCUGUAUA